GCCGCAGGCCCGCAGGGAUCGACUGCUCUGGUCUGGGGAGUCAGGCGCGGGAAAGCGAGUUUGAAGCAGGGCGCGGUUCGCGGGGCGGCUCGGCCCUCUCGUCCCCCGACGCUGCCGCCAGCAACCAUGUCGGAGGCUUAUUUCCCGGUGGAGUCGGGCGCACUGGGACCUGAGGAGAACUUUCUGUCCUUGGACGACAUCCUCAUGUCCCAGGAGAAGCUGCCGGUCCGCGUGGAGAAGCCCAUGCCGCAUCUGGGCGCCUUCUUCCUGGAGCGGGGCGCGGGCGCGGACUCGGACCAGGCGCUCCCGCAGGGCACGAAGCUGGAGUUUCCCUUGUGGCUGGCUAAAGGCCUCUUUGACAACAAGUGGCGCAUCCUGUCCGUGGAACUUCCCAAGAUGUACCAAGAGGGAUGGAGGACUGUGUUCAGUGCAGAUGCUAACGUCGUGGACCUCCACAAAAUGGGGCCCCACUUCUAUGGGUUUGGCUCCCAGCUUCUGCACUUUAACCAUCCAGAGAAUACAUCUAUCUCCCAGUCUCUGCUGCAGACUUUUAUUGGCCGGUUCCGCCGCAUCAUGGACUCCUCCCAGAAUUCUUACAAUGAAGACACAUCUGCACUGGUAGCCAGGCUAGACGAGACAGAGAGGGGCUUAUUUCAAAUAGGGCAGAAAGGACUGAAUGACUUCCAGAGCUGGGAGAAGGGUCAGGCUUCUCAGAUCACGGCAUCCAGCCUCGUUCAGAAUUACAAGAAGAGAAAAUUCACUAAUAUGGAAGACUGAAAGCAGAACAGAACUGCAGCUUGUGGAUCUCUGUGUCCCUCAGAAGACCAUUUAGCUUCAUGGGUGACCCAACUACUGCCUCAGGACUUUUAACCUUCAGCAGUCUCCAAGUUUGGAACUAUCUGGUUGGUGGCAGAUGUGGAUGCUUUUGAUCCUAUUGGUCUUCCUGGACUUUAGUUACCUGCUGUUCCACAGUGUGGGCCUUUUGACCCCAAGACUGCAGCUGAGAUUGAGCUGGUCUUAAAUAAGGGUCAUGGACAAAUGCAAAGUCAAGGUGGAACUAGGAUUCCUCGAGUGUCUGGUCUCCUUGGCUGCAAAGGACGAGUACA